UUUUCUGUACAAGUGCCUAUCUUCUCCUCUUCUCCUCGUCCCCUUUCCCUCCACGUUUAUUUUGCUGUUUGACGCCAAAUCUUUCUUUACUCAUAUCGUCGCUUUCCUAAAUAUUUCAUCUUCUCAUUCGAACCCUUUUCUUGAAACCAUUGACUUUCCGUAUAUUCGUCUCAAUUUUCAUCUUCACAAUGGAAGAAGCCAAUGUUAAUAGUGUGUCCGCUGCUUCAGCUUGAGCAUUGUUUGGAUAGGAUUCAGGCCUUUACUUGCAAACUCCCCCUUUGGAAUUUGUAUCCAACAUUUCACCAAACGCUAUUCGAUAGGCUGUACAGGAUAGAGAACAUAAAUUCUUAACAAUCGCAGUCCAAGAAGCACAUAAAGGGGCAGAGUGUGGGCAUGGCAGACCAUUUGGUGCAGUAGUUGUUCGCAAUGAUGAAAUUGUUAUCAGCUGUCACAACAUGGUUUUAGCACGCACUGACCCUACUGCACAUGCAGAGGUCACAGCAAUUAGAGAGGCAUGCAAAAAGCUCAACAAAAUUGAGCUCUCAGAUUGUGAAAUGUAUGCUUCUUGUGAGCCUUGCCCCAUGUGCUUUGGUGCAAUCUACCUUUCCAAAAUUAAGAGACUGGUUUAUGGUGCCAAAGCUGAAGCUGCCAUUGCCAUUGGAUAUAAUGCUUUUAUUGCCGAUGCCCUAAGAGGUACUGGUUUUUACCAAAAGGGUCAUUUGGAGAUCAAGAGAGCAGAUGGUAAUGCAUCCCAUAUUGCGGAGCAAGUCUUUGAGAAAUCAAAGGCCAACAUAUCCACUGAGGAAAAUGUUGAAAUCUGUGAUUGCUGAUAUGGAUGCUUUGGAAUGAUUCACAUUUGCUCAUAAAGUAGCUUCUAGCAUCCAUAUUGUUUCAUUGAUCUCUACAUUGUUGAACAUGUCAAUGUGAGUUGCGAUUCCCUUGUCAUUUCCUUAACAAGCAUUUAUAUUUAUAUUUGUUUCUUUCUCAA